AUGGAUUCCUCAGCAGUGACCGAAUGGGGAUCGGUGGGAGAUUCCGAAAUAGAACUUCUGCUUAAAGAGCACGAAAAGAGACGAAAUUCAGGGCUGAAUGUCGAUACAGAUAAUAAAGUUCAGAUCGUGUCUUCUCAGCCAGAGUCCAUAGAUGCCACUCAACAAGACGUGAAGCUCGAGUCUGCGUCACAGGACUGGGGAUCUAUGGACGACUCGGAGUUUAUUUCGUUUGUGAACAAACUUAGUCAAAAUUACGGUCUCCAUCAACCGGUUAUCACUUCCCAGACUUCGACUGAUCACGCGACAAAGGCGGAGGAGGACGAGAGUGUCGGCGGCGAAAAUAAUGAGGACGAACCGGGUGAUGUAUACAUCAAUGAAAUCAACUCUUUGGACCCGGAAGAAAUCGAUCCAGGAAGUCAGGAAUUGGAAUUUGGAGAUUACGAGAGAUAUUUUCGUCACAAAACUUUAAAACAGCAGCAACAAGACCAAGAAUACGUUGAGUUCACGAAGAAAGCACGAAAUCUGGAAUACCCUCCUAUUUUCCAAAACUGUGUUAUCUACGUGAACGGGAAGACGAAUCCCGACGUACAACAAUUGCACAAACUUAUAAUUCUUCACGGUGGAAAGUUCAUUCACAUGCUUGGAGCAAAAGGUAAUGCUACUCAUAUAAUAGCCGAAAAUCUGACGCCACAGAAGAAGUUGGAGUUUAGGAACUAUAAGGUUGUGACUCCAAAAUGGAUUGUCGACAGCGUGGAAGCUGCAAAGCUGCAGCCGUGGGGCGAAUAUAUGCUUAUCCACAAUGACUACGGUCAGCGCAGGUUACAACUCAGGACCGAGCCUGCAAGGGAGCAGGAAGAUGUGGAGAUUUCCCAGUUAUCGCAGGUGACCGAGCCAGACGAUAACCUGCAUAAAAGAGAAGAUAUCCACAUGCCUGACCAUAUGAAUUGCAAACAUCCGAAUUUUUUGCCGAACUUUUUCGCAAAUUCUAGGCUGCACCAUCUAAGUUCAUGGAAAGCAGACCUGAAAUCACGUUUCUUGCAGCGUGCUAUUGGCACACUUCAAGGUCGGCGCCAUGAUUCGAGACCAGCAGACAAGAACGUCAUUUUGCAUGUCGAUUUUGAUUGUUUCUUUGCAACAGUUUCCGCCUUGACUUGCAACCCUCCAAUAGAUAUAAACGAGGUUCCUGUUUGUGUCACUCAUGGAGGAAACACUUCAGACAUUGCGUCAUGUAACUAUGUUGCCCGAAAAUAUGGUUGCAAGAACGGUAUGUGGUUGCGUUCUGCGAGAAGGCUGUGUCCAAACUUAGUUUGUCUCGACUACAACUUUGAUGAAUACGAGCGGGUUUCCAACAUUUUUUACGAAAUUCUGCUUUCUUAUGACAUCGACUCCGUUUUGCCUGUUUCGGUGGACGAAGCUCUAGUUGACAUAUCGAGUAUGAGUGCAUCACAGCAUCCAUUGGAAAUAAUGAAAGAUAUCAAGAAAAAAGUCUACAACGCUACGAAUUGCUCCGUGAGUUGUGGAAGUGGAUCCAAUGUCUUGCUUGCCAAACUCGCUCUCAGGAGAGCUAAACCGAAUGGCACAUUUUACGUCGAAGAUGAUCAUAUCACUGAUUUUUUGGAUAUUGUCAAAUUUUCUGAAUUACCGGGCAUAGGGCCUCAAAUUUGCGCAAAGCUGGAAACUGAGAUGCAGAAAACUGCGUUGAUGGUGAAAGACGUUCGCAAAAUACCCGGCGACAAACUUGCUUCUAUAUUUGGGCCCAAGACUGGUGUUACGAUUUACAAUUACGCUCGAGGACUGGAUGAUACUUGCAUUGAUAUUCUCAAGAACCCAGAAGCUUUUCAAAGAAAAUCGAUCUCAAUUGACGUCAAUUGGGGAAUAAGGUUCGACAGAGACGUGGAGGUGGAGAAAUUUCUCAGCGAUUUAGCUAAGGAAUUGAGUAAAAGACUCGCAAAUGCCAAAAUGGUUGGCUCCUCGGUCACAUUAAAACUGGCUACUCGACACCCCGACGCUCCCAUUGAUCCGCCAAAAUACCUUGGUAUGGGAGAAUGCGAGUUUGUGUCUAAGACUUCGAGACUCGGGCAUUUUACGCGUGAAGCUGGCAUUUUGGGAAACGAGUUACGAUAUCUAUACCGAAUGCUCAACGUCGCAGUUAAGGAGCUGCGAGGCGUUUCGAUCUCAAUGAACCGACUAUCUUUCGAGACCAAGAAAAACAUCCACGGACUGGAUGCGGAUCAGAGAAUACUACCUCUUAAUUCGACUGCCAAAGAUCCAGAAGCGACUCUUGCUGCAAAGUCGUUAUGUGCUGAGAGCACUCCCAAAAAGAAAGCCAAUACGAAAGAAUACAGGAUUCCGGAGAAUGAAAUCAACUGGGAAGUUUUCAAUGAGCUACCAAUCGAAAUACAGGACGAACUGAGACAUGAGCUGGGUCGAAGACAUUUGUCAAUCACCGGUUCCCUAUACCGCUCUCCUAAGAAAAGAAAGAAAGACUUUUUCAACGACUUUAGGUCCCCAACUAAGAGGAAGCUAGUCAUGGACAAGAUUUUGGUUGAUACAAAUUAUGUGGAAGCCAAAUCACGACUUUCAUUCCAGAAAAUCCCCACUACCCAAUUUCAAGAAGUUUUAGACAAACUUAAGUUGUGGUUUGACUGUACGAUUAGGAGCGACGGUCCUCACGAGAUGGAUCUUAAUUUAUUUAAUGAGUUUAUGUUCAGCUUAUUCGAGAUUGGAGAAAUGACGAAGUACGGCUCUAUUGUGCGCCUGUUCGAAGAAAAACUCGUUUUUUCCAAAUCUCAUUCAGGAUACGAACAGUGGAAACGCAUAACCACUGAGCUACGAACAAUGUUUAAUGAAGUUAAGUAUGACGAUUUAGAAUUCAAUUUCUAG